AUGUCUGGAAGGCUCACGGAGGAGGACGCGCGGCAUGCCAGGCGGUGGCUUGAGCAGCAGGCGGCGCUGCGGGAGCUGAUCUGGCGCUCAUUGGAAGCUUACCCCAAGUCUGGGCUCUACGAGGAUGAAGUGGCGGACGGGGAAAACGAGGCCGAGGCACUGCGGCAGUUUCAAGGAUUGCUGCGGCACGUGCGAGCCACGGUGAAGACGUCUCCAAGGAGCCAGGCGCUGGAGGAGCUAUCCCGGCGCUUCGCCAGCCCCGCCUUUGCGGAGUUGCGGGCGGAGCUGGGGUUGGAGGGGGAAGUGGCCGCCGCCGCGGUAGCGGAGGCAGUGGCCUCGGUGCCGAAAGGGCGGAGCUACUCGCAGUUUCUGGCGGCGAAGGCGGCGAGUGAGAAGCCCAGCCAGGUGAUGGUCAAGGAGGAAGAGAUCCGAGAGGGCCUGAGGAAGAGGGGCCUGGCAAAAGGCCAACCGCCCUGCGAAGAGGAGCUGAACCAGCAGCUCAGAGCCCUCGCGGCCAAGGAGGAGGAGAGGCGCCUGGAGCAUCGGCUCCGCGCGGAGGAGCUGAAAAAGGAGCUGGAGGUGGACCCACGCCAUCUCCGCUGGGGCCGCGUCCAAAACCUCUGGGAGGCCAGCGGAGCUCGAGACCUCUGGGAAGGCUACGAGGUGCUGGACCGCGCCCAGGGCCACGACCGGCGCUGGCACGGGGACGCCUUCGAGGCGAAGGAGAUGCGCCUGGCGGCGGCUUUGGCGCUGGAAGCGCUGAAGGAGUCGCACGGCCUGCCCGAAGGCGAGUUUGGGUUCCUGCGAGGCUGCGAGUGGGUGGAUCAAAAGCAGCGUGUGUGCGGGGAGAUCGACGUGGCCAUCGUCGCUUUGGGCUCGGGGGGCGCAGAGAUUUGUGACGGCCGCGUCGUGGCGCUGGUGGAGAUGAAGAGCGGUUGGUUCGAGCUGCCGGCAGCUCUUCUGCUGCAACACGUGGCCAAGUGGUGCGCCGCGAAGGGCGAGGGCACUUUGCGGAUCUGCUGGGGCCAAAGAGCCUUGGCCCUGGAGGCGCAGCCCCGGAUCUUCGCGGCCACGCUCAUCCCAUCGCACCCCUUCGUCAUGGGCCUCGACCCGGAACUUCUGAAAACCGUGUGCAAGGCCCUCUUCGCAGGCGUAGAGGAGGAGGACUUGGGCGCAUGCCAGCGGCUGUGGGUAGAGCUGCGAGCGGAUGCCCGGCUUCGACCGAGGCUGGCGCUUUCCCCACAAGCACUUCUCCGGCAUCCGGAGCUUCAUCAUCACGUGUUGGUUCUGGGCUCUGAGGCAGCGAAGGCCUCAGGCCUUUGA